GCCUGCCCCCGCCCUCGGUACCCCUCCCGCGUCCCAGGUGGCUCAGGCCCCUGUGGUGAUCUCUGUUUACGGAGAGGACCUGUCCAAGUUGGGCUCCAUCUCUGCAGUCGCUCCAUUCCGGGGCCCCGCCCGCCCGGGAAGCGGGGAGAAAACCCGGUCGAGCUUCCCCUCCCCCCACAGCCUAGAGAGGUCGGACGGUGAUGACCCCCGAGCCGCCYGGACCCCCGGACGGGGGCUGGGGCUGGGUGGUGGCGUUUUCGGCCUUCGCGGUGAAUGGGCUCUCCUACGGGCUCUUACGCUCCCUGGGCCUUGCUCUCCCUGACCUCGCCGAGCAUUUUGACCGAAGCGCCCAGGACACUGCGUGGGUCAGCGCCCUGGCCUUGGCCAUGCAGCAAGCAGCCAGCCCAGUGGGCAGCGCUCUGAGCACACGUUGGGGGGCGCGCCCGGUGGUGAUGGUUGGGGGAGUCCUUACUUCGCUGGGUUUCGUCUUAUCGGCUUUCGCCCGAAGUCUGCUGCACCUCUACCUCGGCCUGGGCCUCCUCGCUGGCGCUGGCUGGGCUCUGGUGUUUGCCCCUGCCCUCGGUACCCUCUCCCGUUACUUCUCUCGCCGUCGGGUCUUGGCUGUGGGACUAGCACUCACUGGCAACGGGGUUUCCUCCCUGUUUCUGGCGCCUGCCUUGCAGCUCCUCCUUGACACAUUCGGCUGGAGGGGCGCUCUGCUCCUCCUUGGCGCUGUCACAUUCCACCUCACCCCUUGUGGCGCCCUGCUGCGACCCCUGUCCCUCCCUGGCGACCCCAAGGCUCCACCCCUCAACCCUCUAGCUGCCCUCGGCUUGGGUCUCUUCAAGCAUCGGGCCUUCUCAGUUUUUGCUCUGGGUACAGCUCUGAUUGGGGGUGGGUACUUCGUCCCCUACGUGCACUUGGCCCCACACGCUUUAGACCGAGGCCUGGGGGGAUACGGGGCAGCUCUGGUGGUGUCCGUGGCUGCAAUGGGGGAUUCGGGUGCCCGACUGGUCUGUGGGUGUCUGGCGGACCAGGGCUGGGUGCCCCUUCCGCGGCUGCUGGCACUGUUUGGAGCUCUGACAGGGCUGGGGCUGCUGGCAGUGGGACUGGUGCCGGCGGUGGGGAGCGAAGACGACUGGGGGGGCCCCCUGCUGGCUGCAGCUGGGACCUACGGACUUAGCGCUGGAAGUUAUGCCCCCCUAGUUUUUGGUGUGCUCCCGGGGCUGGUGGGCAUCGGAGGUGUGGUGCAGGCCACUGGGCUGGUGAUGAUGCUGAUGAGCCUCGGGGGACUCCUGGGCCCUCCCCUGUCAGGCUUCCUAAGGGAUGAGACAGGAAACUUCACCGCUUCUUUCCUCGUCUGUGGCUCUUUCAUCCUCUUCGGCAGCUUCAUCUACUUGGGGCUACCUAGGGCCCUCCCCUCCUGUCGUCCAACCUCACCUCCAGCUACCCCUCCCCCUGAGAGAGGGGAGCUGCUUCCGAUGCCCCAGGUUGCCUUGCCACCCCCAGGAGGACCUCCCUCCACUCUGGACACCGAUUGUUGAUCAUUUUCUUGUUUAAA